CCGGCAGUUGAGGGAAUUUUUCCGUACUGCAUCGUCGUGACGAGGGGUAAAUUCAUUCGGCGGUUUCAACUCAUACCAGUCGCAGGUGAACACGUCGAGAUCAGUUCGUUUUUUGAGCCAUUCGUAACCAAAAACUGUCAUUGCUUUCAUUAAAAGAGUUAUCGAAUAAAUCAGCAUCAUCAUGGCAGAACCGAAAGGGAAUGAAGAUUUGUCGACAGCUAUUUUGAAGAAUAAGGUGAAGCCGAAUAGGCUUCUAGUCGAGGAGGCUGUAAAUGAUGACAACUCUGUUGUUGCCAUGUCCCAGGAAAAAAUGGAUGAGCUACAGCUCUUCAAAGGUGACACAGUUCUACUUAAGGGGAAGAAAAGGAAAGAAACUGUGUGCAUUGUCUUGUCUGAUGAGUCUGUAUCAAAUGAAAAGAUCAGGAUGAAUCGUGUUGUCAGAAACAACCUGCGUGUCAGGUUGGGAGAUGUAGUGUCGGUUUCCCCAUGCCCUGAUGUGAAGUACGGCAAACGAAUCCAUGUUCUGCCAAUUGAUGAUACAGUGGAGGGACUCACAGGAAGUCUCUUUGAUGUGUACCUGAAGCCAUACUUUUUGGAAGCAUAUCGUCCAAUUCAUAAAGGCGACAUAUUUAUUGUCCGCGGAGGAAUGCGUGCAGUGGAGUUUAAAGUGGUUGAAACGGACCCUGUUCCCUAUUGCAUCGUCGCUCCAGACACAGUCAUUCAUUGUGAGGGUGAACCAAUCAAACGAGAGGAAGAGGAGGAGGCUUUGAAUGCUGUCGGUUACGACGACAUUGGAGGUGUUCGUAAGCAAUUGGCUCUCAUUAAAGAGAUGGUAGAAUUGCCUUUGCGUCAUCCCCAGCUUUUCAAAGCGAUUGGUGUGAAGCCACCCCGUGGUAUUCUACUCUUUGGACCUCCUGGUACCGGUAAAACACUUAUCGCUCGUGCUGUAGCCAAUGAGACCGGAGCUUUCUUCUACUUGAUCAAUGGUCCUGAAAUUAUGAGCAAGUUGGCUGGCGAGUCCGAAAGUAAUCUACGUAAAGCAUUUGAAGAAGCCGAGAAAAACUCACCUGCUAUCAUCUUCAUUGAUGAGUUGGACGCCAUUGCUCCUAAGCGUGAAAAGACCCAUGGUGAAGUAGAACGCCGUAUCGUCUCCCAGUUGUUGACGCUUAUGGAUGGCUUGAAACAGCGAUCACAUGUAAUUGUUAUGGCUGCCACCAACCGACCCAAUUCGAUUGAUGCUGCCCUUCGUCGAUUCGGACGCUUUGAUCGCGAAGUUGAUAUCGGUAUUCCAGAUGCCACUGGGCGAUUGGAAGUCCUGCGUAUUCACACCAAGAAUAUGAAACUGGCCGAUGAUGUCGAUUUGGAACAAGUUGCCGCCGAAACACACGGCCACGUUGGUGCCGAUAUUGCUGCAUUGUGCUCAGAAGCUGCACUCCAACAGAUCCGAGAGAAAAUGGAUCUUAUUGACUUGGAAGAGGACCAAAUCGACGCUGAAGUCCUGGCAUCCCUGGCCGUUACUAUGGAGAACUUCCGGUUCGCUAUGGGCAAAUCAACGCCUAGUGCCUUACGAGAGACCAUUGUAGAGGUGCCCAACGUUUCAUGGGAAGACAUUGGUGGUUUGGAAGGCGUCAAACGCGAGCUUCAAGAGUUGGUCCAAUACCCGGUUGAACAUCCAGAGAAAUUCCUCAAGUUCGGCAUGACCCCUUCUCGUGGUGUUCUCUUCUAUGGCCCACCCGGUUGCGGUAAAACGCUGUUGGCUAAGGCUAUUGCCAACGAGUGCCAGGCCAAUUUCAUUUCUAUCAAAGGUCCCGAGUUGUUGACCAUGUGGUUUGGUGAGUCUGAAGCCAACGUGCGAGACGUUUUCGACAAGGCACGUGCUGCUGCUCCUUGCGUCUUGUUCUUCGACGAACUCGAUUCCAUUGCUAAAGCUCGUGGUGGAAGCUCUGGUGACGCUGGAGGAGCUGCCGAUCGUGUCAUCAACCAAGUUUUGACAGAGAUGGACGGUAUGGGUGCUAAGAAAAACGUCUUUAUCAUUGGAGCGACGAAUCGUCCUGAUAUCAUUGAUCCGGCUGUAUUACGUCCUGGUCGUUUGGAUCAAUUGAUUUACAUCCCUCUACCUGAUGAGAAGUCACGGGAAGCCAUUUUAAAGUCUAAUCUUCGAAAGUCCCCUCUUGCUCCGGAUGUGGAUUUGAUCUAUAUGGCUAAAGUUACGCACGGUUUCUCUGGUGCCGAUUUGACUGAAAUUUGCCAACGUGCAUGCAAGUUGGCUAUUCGCCAGUCUAUCGAAGCCGAAAUCAGAAGGGAGAAAGAACGCGCCGCCAAUCCUGAUAUGGAUAUGGAAAUGGAAGAGGAAGAUCCAGUUCCCCAGAUUCUGAGGUCGCAUUUUGAAGAUGCCAUGAAGUUUGCUCGUCGUUCUGUUUCAGACAACGAUAUCCGCAAAUACGAGAUGUUCUCACAGACUUUGCAGCAAUCACGUGGUUUUGGCACUAAUUUCAGAUUCCCGAAUGCACCAGCUGCAGGUGGCAGUCAGCCUAGCGGAGGAUCUGGAGGCAACUUCCAAGAUGAUGCGGAUGAUGAUCUAUAUAGUUAAGUAAAAUACCUAGGGCGGGAUGCUCAGAAACAGCGGGUUGAACCAAGAACGGAGGCUGUUUGAUGUCACGCAAAUUUUUCCCCAUCUUGUUUGUCCGUACGUCUAACCUUUUCGUUCAGUCGAUCAUUUAAAAUCGAAUUCAUUUGUUUUGAUGGAGUCACCUAGCUGAUUGGCUUGGAGAAGUUCCAGAUUUUUUUAUAACCACGAAAUUGCCGAACGUACAUUCGUGUAUUUUGCGAAGCCUCAAUAAAAAUUCAAUCGAUA